UCGCAGUCCCCGGGUCAGAUAUCCGACCAAUCACAGCGCGCACAAUCAUUUUUCAUGGCAGUUUAGAAUAAUAUUAUUAAAAAAGGCAGCCAGACUUCCCCCGGCCGAUUGUUGCCCCGGACAGACCCGUCAGCUCAGUUGAGCAGGAACCGCGCUGAGAGGAGAAAAGCAAAAGUUUCACUUUGGAGGAGAAAGUCCCCCCGGCGGCUCAUGGCUAGUGGAUUGGUGUGAGGGGCACAUUGCUGGGCUAGUGGAUUGGUGUGAGGGGCACAUUGCUGGGCAAGUGGAUUGGUGUGAGGGGCACAUUGCUGGGCAAGUGGAUUGGUGUGAGGGGCACAUUGCUGGGCUAGUGGAUGAUUAUAGCGGCAGGAGGGAGCGGGGGCCCCGGGCAGGAUCAUGUCGAUGCUUCCGACUUUUGGCUUCACUCAGGAGCAAGUGGCGUGUGUGUGUGAGGUGCUGCAGCAGGGGGGCAACAUCGAGAGGUUGGGCCGAUUCCUGUGGUCCCUGCCGGCCUGUGAGCACCUCCAUAAGAACGAGAGUGUCCUCAAGGCCAAGGCCGUGGUCGCCUUCCACAGGGGCAAUUUCAGGGAACUCUAUAAGAUCCUGGAGGGCCACCAGUUCUCGCCGCACAAUCACCCUAAGUUGCAGCAGUUGUGGCUCAAGGCGCAUUACGUGGAGGCCGAGAAGCUCCGGGGGCGACCCCUGGGGGCGGUGGGGAAAUACCGGGUGCGCAGAAAGUUCCCCCUGCCCCGGUCCAUUUGGGACGGAGAAGAGACCAGUUACUGCUUCAAGGAGAAGAGCCGGAGCGUCCUGAGGGAAUGGUACGGCCACAACCCCUACCCCUCGCCCCGGGAGAAGAGGGAACUGGCAGAGGCCACUGGACUCACCACCACUCAGGUCAGCAACUGGUUCAAGAACCGACGCCAGCGGGACCGGGCGGCCGAGGCCAAAGAAAGGUACGAGGAAAAUAAUGAAAACUCCAAUUCCAACAGCCACAACCCGUUGUCCUCUUCAAUGAACGGAGGGAAAACAGUUCUUGGGAGCUCAGAUGAUGACAAAACUCCAUCAGGGACCCCAGACCACACUUCGUCCAGCCCGGCCUUACUCCUCGGUGGGAAUCCUGGUCUUCAGGUUCUUCAUGGGAUGAGCCACCCACAAGGACCUAGCGCCAUCCCAGUGUCAUCAGCGGACCCCAUGCACCACCACACACUGCAGGACUCAAUCCUCAACCCUAUGUCAUCCAACUUGGUAGACCUUGGCUCUUAAAACUGACUGGCAGGAACCUAACGGCCACCUACAAGUAAAACUGGCUAGCCUGGAUACUGAGCCAACCUCUCUGGAGAUGGAACUGUUUAUGGUACUGUGUGUCCUAGGCAGGUCUACAUGGCCAAUCAGAUGGAUGGAUCUAACCAAUAUACCAAAUCCUGCUUGAUAUCACUUUAACAACCUGCUACGAAAUCGCUUCUCCAGGAAAUCGAUGGGUUACAGUUAAAGUGGCUGGUGAUGUUGGCCUCAGGCAGGAUGGAGUUAAACUGAAAAUAAGGGGCUUAUUUGCUGGUACCCUCUAAAGAGAUAAAUCGCUCAAAUGCACAAAGUGUUUAUUCUGCAUUUCUAGAGCCACAUUGCCAGAUUAUACCCAGCAGGGUAUUUAGGCAGGCAAUGCUAUUUAUCAAUGCUAUCCAAUGGACAAGCCCAAUCAAAUAGCACUUUUCAGCACCCCCGCCCCCUUGAGCACCAGAGUUGAAGGACCCCCCCACCCCAAUACUAUUAUACAGUUUAUCCAAACUUGCAUUCAGCAGGUCAGCUGCCCUUUUCCCCUUUUAUUUUUUCCUUUUUAUUAUGUGAAUAAACUUAAUGGAAAUAUCCCUGCUUCUAUUUUAUAAUAAAACAGAAUUCAUACAGUCA